GUGUGCGUCGGGCUGCUGAGCAUCACGGACCGGGCCCUCUAUCCUUCUGCGCCCUGGAUCGCCGGCCGAAGAAGGGACGGUGAGAUCAGGAAAUUCUGCGUAGGCGCCGGAGGUCUGGGUCCGGUCGGAACCCGGUCCAUUUCAGAGAACAACCGAAAAUCUGUAGUAGUUGGAGGAGGGUAAAUCGGAACUACAAAUCCCACAAUGCCGAGCGUCCCGAGUGACUCGCCGGCGCGCUGAAUCCGGAUGUUUUAAAUCUAGGUGCUCGUUUGACUACUCUGAGUAGUAGAGCAAAAUUGCUUGUUUGCCUUACGCCACGAUUUGUUUGCCCAUUUUCUGCUUGAUUCUGGAGAGUCUCCCAAGAUUUUCAUCAGUUAAUUGUUUUUUUUUUCAUUUAAGAUGACUGAAUCUGAAGCCAAAGUGGGAACUUUUAAUGAACUUGCCUUCACCUCAAGCUACCCCCUAUAAUACCAGAUUUUGCAGAAUGAUCGGGUGCCCAUUCUCCCCUAACGUGACCACUGUUUGCCCGAGGUUUGGCGCAGAAGGUCUAAGGUGAAGCAGAAAAUGCCUUUAAUUAUUUAAAAGGUCUUACGGUAGCUCGGGCUAGCCUAAAACUCGUGGUUCCUUGCUCCAGUCUCUGAACUCUGAAAUUACAGGGCUCUCAUUCAGUUUCUGGGUUCGAUUGGAACUAGCAAGCAAUGAACUUAGAUUCCACUGUUUCGGACUACUGGAGGAACCAAUGCAAUCACUCAGUUUUAUGGAGAGGAGAUGGCCAGGUGUGUAAAGUGAACAAUGGCCAGUAAUCACAAAUCUUCAGCCCCUCGCCCUAUUUCUCGGGGUGGAAUAGGACUAACAGGAAGGCCUCCUUCUGGAAUAAGACCUCCAUCUGGCAAUGUUCGAGUGGCAACUGCAAUGCCACCAACAACAGCAAGACCAGGUUCUCGUGGUGGUCCCUUAGGGACUGGUGGAGUUUUGUCAUCUCAAAUCAAAGUUGCUGAUCGUCCUGUGACCCAACAAGGUUUGAGUGGAAUGAAGACUGGCAUGAAAGGUCCCCAGAGGCAAAUUUUAGACAAAUCUUACUAUCUUGGACUUCUUAGGAGCAAAAUAAGUGAACUUACAACUGAAAUUAAUAAGCUUCAGAAAGAAAUAGAAAUGUACAACCAAGAAAAUUCAGUGUAUUUGUCAUAUGAAAAGAGGGCAGAGACAUUAGCUGUUGAAAUUAAAGACUUUCAAGGACAACUAGCAGACUACAACAUGUUGGUAGAUAAACUUAAUACCAAUACUGAAAUGGAAGAAGUAAUGAGUGAUUACAACAUGCUUAAAGCUCAAAAUGACAGAGAAACACAAAGUAUGGAUGUCAUAUUUACUGAAAGACAAGCGAAGGAAAAACAAAUCAGAAGUGUAGAAGAAGAAGUUGAACAAGAAAAGCAAGCAGCAGAUGGCAUUAUCAAAAAUAUGUCUCCUGAAAAACAAGUCAAGUACAUAGAAAUGAAAACCACAAAUGAGAAACUGUUGCAGGAAUUAGAUACACUUCAGCAACAGCUAGAUUCUCUGAACAUGAAAAAGGAGAGCCUAGAAACUGAAAUAGCACACUCCCAAGUAAAACAAGAGGCUGUAUUGCUGUAUGAAAAACUUUAUGAGUUAGAGUCCCAUCGAGAUCAAAUGAUUGCAGAAGACAAAAGCAUGGGAUCGCCAAUGGAGGAAAGGGAGAGAUUGCUUAAGCAGGUUAAAGAAGAUAAUCAGGAAAUAGCCAGCAUGGAGAGACAGUUAACAGAUAUAAAAGAAAAAAUAAACCAAUUUAGUGAAGAAAUUAGACAACUUGACAUGGAUUUAGAGGAGCACCAAGGUGAAAUGAAUCAAAAAUACAAGGAGCUUAAAAAAAGGGAGGAAAAUAUGGAUGCUUUUAUAGAGACUUUUGAGGAAACGAAGAAUCAGGAACUAGAGCGGAAGGCACAGAUAGAAGCCAGCAUCAUCACACUGUUAGAGCAUUGCAGUCGGAAUAUAAAUCGUAUGAAGCAGAUAUCCUCCAUCACCAACCAAGAGCUGAAGAUGAUGCAGGAUGACCUCAGCUUUAAAUCAACUGAGAUGCAGAAGUCACAGACAACAGCUAGGAAUUUGACCUCAGACAGUCAGCGUCUGCAGCUGGAUCUACAGAAAAUGGAACUUCUGGAAAGUAAGAUGACAGAAGAGCAACAGUCUCUGAAAAACAAAAUUAAGCAAAUGACUGCUGACCUGGAGACAUACAGUGACCUGGCAGCUUUAAAAUCAUCAGCUGAAGAAAAGAAGAAGAAAUUGCAUCAAGAAAGAACAGUAUUGUCAACUCACAGAAAUGCCUUUAAGAAAAUAAUGGAGAAGCUGACCUCAGAUUAUGAUACCCUUAAAAGGCAACUUCAAGACAAUGAGACACAUGCUCAGCUUACAAAUUUGGAGAGGAAGUGGCAGCACCUGGAGCAAAAUAACUUCGUAAUGAAAGAGUUCAUAGCAACCAAGAGUCAAGAGAGUGAUUACCAGCCGGUGAUUAAAAAUGUGAUGAAGCAGAUUGCAGAGUAUAAUAAAACCAUCAUGGAUGCUCUACAUAAUGCCAGCAGAAGCUGAAACUGAGCCGACUGAGUCUACAAGCAUCCUCAAGGAUGCUAAAAGUAAACUAGCUUCCCCUUGAAGAGUUAGACCCCAGCUUCUUGAAUGCCCUGGCUUUGUGAUCUCCCCGAAGGAGAGAUAGCUUGUAUAGUUAAAUAAGUCAAUAAAAUGUUUGCAUA